AUGGACAGAAUAGACAAAUACAAAAGGGUCGAAGAGGACCAGCAGAUUGGGAAGGGUAAAACGAAGGUUGUCCCUCAGGAGAGGAGGGACUUCAGGUCAGACCGCUUUGGUAGUGGUAACAGGCCGAGAAGAGAUUACAUGGAACAGUCCGGACCUACUGGGGCUCAGGUAGUCCCCGCUGUGUUCCGAGAACCAUUGCACAAGAUCCUGGAGAAGGUGAAGUGCGAACCUUUCUUUCAGUGGCCGAACAGGAUGGCAGGCGACCCCUCAAAACGCAAUCAGAAUCUAUACUGCGCGUACCAUCAGGAGCCCAGUCACACCACCGACGAUUACAGGAAUCUGAAAAACUAUUUGGAUCGACUUGUCCGAGAAGGAAAGCUGAGGCAUCUAUUACACCGCCCCGAACAGUCAAAUGUCAAAACCAGACAAGACGCAUUGAGGCCACCCCUAGGCACGAUAAAUGUCAUUCUUGCCGCACCUGGGAGAACCGGCUCCGGCCCGUUUAGAGUAAUGUCAGUGGGUAGAUUCCCGACGGAACCAGACGAAAGGGAAUCCAAGAGAGCCAGAGUGAGUGCCACGCCAUUAAUCGGGUUCACGGAGGAGGAUAAGCGAGGAACUAUUCAACCCCAUGAAGAUGCCUUAGUCGUGACGCUCAGAAUAGGAGGUUAUGUCGUGAAAAGGGUAUUAGUCGAUCAAGGCAGCGUCGUGGAGGUAAUGUACCCAGACUUGUAUAGGGGGCUGAACUUGAAGCAGGAAGACUUGUCGCCAUACGAUUCCCCCCUGGUUAGCUUUGAAGGAAAGAUCGUCAUCCCGAGAGGUAUGAUUAGGUUGCCUGUGCAAACAGACUCAGAUGUGGUAGAAGUGAACUUCAUUGUCGUAGAUGCAUACUCCCCUUACACAGCUAUCGUGGCCCGGCCAUGGCUUCAUGCACUAGGGGAUGUGUCGUCAACCUUGCACCAAAAAGUGAAAUAUCCGUCAGGGGGUCAGAUCAAAGAGAUAAUAGGGAACCAGGGAAUGGCUAGGCAAUGCAUGGUGUCGCAAUCUCACGACGGCCGAAUAGCGAACCUUCCACUUCUGCCGAGAACGGCUUAUAGCAAUUAA